CCCUCGCUGCCGAGCAUCCAUUUACUGAGCAGCUGAUGUCUGCUGCUUCACUCAGCGGUAACAGAAGACAGCGAGAAAAAAAAUACAACAGAGCUCUGGAGCUACCGCUGGAUUUUUAAUGGGGAAUAGGCAGCAACCUCUCCUCAGGAUGGAGCAUUUAUGAGGAGGCUUGCUGUGCCAGUCUUGCAGGAAAUGUCCACAUACUUAGCCUUAGAGGGAAGGAGGAUUUCUAACAGAGUAGCUGACGCUGCUCUUUGUGGCAUGAAAACUGUGUGAGGAGCUCCAGGAGAAUUUCCUCCGAUUAACCAGAAAGCUUCAAUCUUCUCGCAGCUUUUUUUUUUCUUUGUUUUUUCCCUCCACGUGAUCCAACCUGUGGUUCCACAGGUCAAGGCGAAGUUUAAAACAUGACCGCCAUGCAAAAGCUGCUGCAGUUGCCGGUGAACGCGGUGAACAUGGUGAAGACCGUGCAAAGUCAGGUCCAAGGCCAGGAGGAGGACAAGAGCCCCGUACUGACUCCCGAUAGCGGGCAGCAGGCUUGGUACAGCGCCCUCCAGCCUGAUGAGCUGCGCCACCUCCGAUCUGGAGGUACAGGUGGAGGAGGAGGAGGCGGAGGUGACCAGGAGGAACGAGCCCCACUGGAGGAAGGUGGUGGAGGUGGUGGUUUCCAAACUCAACCGCUGCGACAUGACGACUUGAAAGAGAUGCUGGACAGCAACAAAGACUCCCUGAAGCUGGAGGCAAUGAAGCGGAUUGUAGCUAUGAUUGCCCGAGGUAAAAAUGCAUCAGAUCUCUUCCCCGCUGUGGUGAAAAACGUGGCUUGUAAAAACAUAGAGGUGAAGAAGCUGGUCUAUGUUUACUUGGUGCGUUACGCUGAGGAGCAGCAGGAUCUUGCUCUGCUUUCAAUUUCCACGUUUCAGCGAGGUCUGAAGGAUCCGAACCAGCUGAUCAGAGCCAGCGCCCUGCGAGUCCUCUCCAGCAUAAGAGUAACAAUCAUCGUUCCAAUAAUGAUGUUGGCCAUCAAAGAAGCUGCUUCGGAUAUGUCUCCGUAUGUCAGGAAGACCGCAGCACAUGCAAUCCCUAAACUAUACAGUUUGGAUCCUGAACAAAAAGACCAGCUGAUUGAAGUCAUAGAGAAACUCCUCGCUGACAAAACCACGUUGGUGGCAGGAAGCGUUGUGAUGGCUUUUGAAGAGGUGUGUCCGGAGCGCAUUGAUCUGAUCCACAAGAACUACAGGAAGCUGUGUAAUCUCUUGAUUGAUGUUGAGGAGUGGGGGCAGGUCGUCAUCAUCAACAUGCUAACCCGCUACGCCAGAACGCAGUUUCUCAACCCAAACAUCAAUGAGUCCCUGCUGGAGGAGGGAGGCAGCGGCGAUAAGACCUUCUACGGCUCAGAUGAAGAUGAGGAUGAAGACGAAGAGGAGAAGGAGAAGAAGGCUGAGGCUGCUGCCAUGGCUAAGAGGAAGCCAUAUGUGAUGGAUCCAGACCACCGGCUGCUACUAAGGAAUACCAAACCGCUCCUGCAGAGCCGCAACGCAGCUGUGGUGAUGGCUGUGGCUCAGCUGUAUUUCCAUCUGGCCCCUAAAGCGGAGGUUGGUGUGAUUGCCAAGGCCCUGGUCCGUCUCCUGAGGAGCCACAGUGAAGUCCAGUAUGUUGUUCUUCAGAACGUGGCAACAAUGUCCAUUAAGAGACGGGGGAUGUUUGAACCAUAUCUGAAGAGUUUCUACAUCCGCUCAACAGAUCCAACUCAGAUCAAAGUCCUAAAGCUGGAGGUUCUAACCAAUCUGGCCAACGAGACAAACAUUUCCACCAUCCUCAGAGAAUUUCAGACAUAUAUUAAAAGCAUGGAUAAAGACUUUGUGGCUGCAACAAUCCAAGCCAUUGGUCGCUGUGCUACCAACAUCAGCGAGGUGAGGGACACAUGUCUGAACGGUCUUGUGCAGCUGCUCUCCAACCGAGAUGAGUUGGUGGUUGCCGAGUCAGUGGUCGUUAUCAAGAAGCUGCUGCAGAUGCAGCCGGAGAAGCACAGCGACAUCAUAAAGCACAUGGCGAAACUGACCGACAACAUUCAGGUGCCAAUGGCACGGGCCAGUAUCCUGUGGCUGAUUGGAGAAUACUGUGAGCAUGUACCUAAGAUCGCCCCAGAUGUUCUAAGGAAGAUGGCCAAGUCAUUCACUAAUGAAGAGGACAUUGUGAAGCUUCAGAUCAUCAAUUUGGCAGCCAAACUAUAUCUGACCAACUCCAAACAGACUAAACUGCUGACGCAGUAUGUUCUCAACUUGGCCAAAUACGACCAGAACUACGACAUCCGCGACCGGGCACGUUUCAUUCGCCAACUCAUCGUGCCCACCGAGAAGAGUGGAGCCCUAAGCAAGUAUGCUAAAAAGCUGUUCCUCGCCCUCAAACCUGCACCCGUCCUUGAGUCUCCUUUUAAAGAUCGAGACCACUUCCAGUUGGGUUCACUCUCCCACCUGUUGAAUGCCAAGGCUGGGGGCUACCAGGAGUUGCCUGACUGGCCUGAAGCUGCCCCUGACCCCUCCGUGCGCAACGUGGAGGUGAAGGAGUCUGUUUUUACGCUGCUUGAAAGAGUCACAACAUUAACAAGUGUGCCUGAGUGGACCAAAUGCAGUAGCCGUGAGAAGAGGAAGGAGAAGAAAGUAGAAAAGCCGUUCUACACCGACUCAGAGGGAGAGUCUGGUCCUACGGAGUCUGCUGACAGUGAGUCAGACUCUGCCAGUGGCUCGGAAAGCAGCAGUGGCAGCGAGGAGAGCGGGUCGGGAUCAGAGAGCGAAGAGAGUAAGGAAGCCUCCGAGUCUGAGGAAGAAGAAGAGGAGGAGGAAGAGAAGAAGAAAAAAAAGAAAGAUCUAAAGAAGCCAGUGCAAGAAAGCGAAAGUGAGCAGAGCAGCGAAGAAGAAGACAGGAAGCACCAGAGGAAGAGUAAACCGCGCAAGAGCGAGUCAGAGUCCGAAUCUGACGAAGAUGAGGAAAGCGAGUCUGAAAGCAGCCAGUCAGAGUCUGAAGACUCCGAGUCAGAGGCUGAGGUCAAGAAGAAAAAAAAGACGGCUGAAUCUAAACCUCCUCCCAAGCCUCUCAAGAAAGAAAGCAAGAAAGAAAAGAAAGAAAUGUCUCUGCUCGACCUUGAUGAUUUUGAACCUGCUCCCUCACCACAAGUCACACCCGUCAACACCUUCCUAUCCAACAGCCUAGUGACCGACCUGGAGGGGCUGUCUUUGUCUGACUCUGUCCUCUCCCCAGCAACCAUUGCUCCCUCCAGCGCGCUGAAGAGCUACGAGCUGCUUCACCGGAUCACGGGUGAGGGUCUGUCGGUGGAGUACUGCUUCAGCCGGCAGCCUUUCAGCCCUGACGCCAACAUGGUGGCGGUGCAGAUGCAGUUCACCAACAACGCCUCUUCCGACACCAAGAACCUGCACAUAGAGGAUGUGAAGCUCCAGUCUGGGAUGAGGGUCAAGGAGUUCCCAGAGAUUGAGCUACUUCCGGCAGGUGAGACGGCCACAGCUGUGAUGGGCAUUGAUUUCUGUGAUUCAACGCAAGCAGCAAACUUCCAGCUGUGCACUCACACCAGGAAAUUCUUCGUGUCGAUCCAACCACCUGUCGGGGAGCUGAUGAGGCCCGUCUUCCUGACAGAGAACGAGUUUAAAAAGGAACAAGAGAAGCUAUUACACAAUCUAGGUCAGCUGAUGGGCAUGAACGAGAUCACAGAGAAACUAACUUUGGACGUCAAGUGCCGAAACGAACACGCCAUCGUCCAGAGAGUGACCACCGCUGCCAACCUCAGCCGAGUGCCCUGUGGGUCAGAUAAAGAGUGCAGGUUUGCCGGCAGGACGGUGACCAGUGCCAGCUUGGUGCUGGUCACCGUGGCAACCAAAGAGGAAGGAGCCGCCCAGCUGACGGUCAACUGUGAGAAAAUGGUGAUCGGCACGAUGCUGGUGAAAGACAUCCUCCAGGCUCUAACGCAGUGACGCGAACCAGCUCUCCAGCUUUGAACUCCGCCCCCACCCGCACUUCAGCCAUCCCUCACAUAUCAUCUAAGACUUGUCAGUGUAGCAUCUCCUGCAAGCCGUGUCAGUGAGGAAGCUUCCACAACAUUUGUUUUGUUAGAUGAGCCCCAAACUUUUAGAAAUGACUCCCAGAGACAGUGAAUGCCACACCCGGACCUGACAAUUAAAACUGAACCUGAAUGUCUUUACUUGACUAUCCAAAAAUACUAAUUUCCGAACGUUUUGGGUUUUUUUUUUCUUUCCUCGAGGAGCUAAUUGGACUUACUGGACUCACAUUUACUUAAUCUAAAACUUUUUUUCUUUAGUAUAAAGUUAAUGUCAGAAUUUGUUUCCUGGAUAAACAUUAAUCAAGGCUGCAGGUUUAUUCUUGACUUUGGGGAAAAAAACAGUGGCUCUGAAACGUUCAGCCACAGCCUGUGAUCUUCCUCAGUGGAGGCACUUGCUCAGUUGUCAUGGACAAAGACUGAAUAAAUUGCAUUUUUCAUCAUUUGUGAAAUCAAAAUCAGCUACAGCGACGACUAGGAGGAGGACAAAGUCAUCCAUGAUAUUCAAAUCCAAUUUGUGAUGCUAGAUUUUUCUGUGCUCUCACCUGGUACAUAAUAAAAUCUGGAGUAGGACACAUCUUUAAAAUAAAUGCAGAAGAAUCUUCAAUCAGUAGUAGUAACUGGACUCAUCCACCUUCUGUUAAUGCUGUAGUCAGGCUUUACAAAGAUUAGGUGAGCAAAAAAUAACAAAAACAUGUGCAGUAAGAUGUUCACUAGGUUCAGGCUGGCGGCGAUGAAAGGGGUAUUAACACUGUGCAGUAAGAAUAUGUGAGUCUUGGCAAUCAGGGCACUUUAUUUUCCCAAUAAAGUGGUCCUACACCAUAAACUUUGCUCACUCACAAUCUCCCUUGAUUUUUUUUUUUUUAAAUCUCAGACUAGAUUAAAUCCAUGUGUAGGAAACAAAUUAUUUUCCUACACAUUUCCUAAAAUUAUUUCAUAUUUUAGGGAUGAAAUAAUCCCAGAUGAACAAGUCAAGACAUUUAAAUUGCGACUGCUGGUUUUAUAUACUUUUUGCUUUUAUUCCAACUUUAUGUAUGUCAGGUAAUGACUAAACCAUCUCUAUGACAAAUGAGCAACGUCAUAUGCUGGGGAAAGACUGGACCUCCACAGGUUUUCGUCGGAACUAAAGGAGGUCUUUCUAUGGUGUUAACAUGAAGAUGUAACAACUUUCAGUUCAGUUCAUUUUAUUUAUAUAGCUACAAUUCACAACAAAAGUUGCCUCAGGGUGCUUUAUAUUGUAAGAUAAAAAUCUUACAACAAUAUAGAGUAAAUCCCACAAUCAGAUGCCCCCUGUGAGCAAGAAAAACUCCCUUUUCCUCUGGCAGAAUCAGGCUCAAGGAUGGGCAGCCAUCUGCUGCAACUGGUUUGAGGGGCUAUCAAACUGUUUUAAGAUGGAGAGAUACUCUGAGAUAGACGAAAUGGGUAAAAGACUAUCAUUAUAUUCCCUCAAAUCAGGUGGCACUGUCACAGUUAUUUGAAUUCAUUACAAGAUACAAGAAGAUAGCUGAUCUAAGACGGCUACCAUUCAACCUCAACUAUGUGAUUUUGGUAUAAUAUUAAUGAACAAUUCCCCAGAGUUUUAUCUCAUAAUUUGGUGAUUUUUAGCAUGUGGCUAGCUGUCAAAGUGCACAUGUUCAUCACAGUAAGUGGGGCAUUGAUAAAAGCUGAAAUGUAUACAUGCUGUUUUAUUGCAACAUGCAAUGCAGUACUACUGUAAGGUGUGGUGUGUGUCUGUGUGUGGAGGUGAUGACACUGAGUAUCAGCCUAACAAUAUGAAGUAGCGCUUUUCAUUAAAAACUGUAACACUUGACUUGACAUCAUCAUGAAGCACAUUAAAAUCACAAAAAUCAUCAUGCUGAUAAUACAGAAAUGUUUUUUUGGUUUCUUUUCUCUGAUUUCAAAUUUCUGUGAAUUAAACCCAGCGUUUAACCCCAACUCCAACAAAAAUACUUAACGAAUAUCAGCAAAUUAUUUUCCUAAUGAUCAUUUUGAUAAAUGAUUUAUCUACUGGUGAUAUUCUCGUAUAAGUGAAUUGUGAUCGGGACUGUAAAAAACAGGAUUUUUGCCCACUAAAUUCUCAACUGAGUCUUGUAGAAAAGCGUUUACUCUAAGUCAUACUACAUGGAUUUAAUGAGGUGGAAGUUGUGGUGUCUUCAGUUUGUUUGUGUGCAUAAAGGAAGUAAUAUAUUGACCAUAGAGCUGUAGCAUAUUUUUCUAAUUUUUAUUAACUUCCGAGAAGGCAAAGCUAGCAGUUUUCGUGUUUUGUGUCAAGCUAAUGGGUUGCUAUCUGUACAAAAUGAGACUUUUGGCAAUACAGCAAAGAUAAAUAUUUGUCAAAAAUAUCAAAGUAUUCAUUUAGAUUUCUAUUUUCAGAAAGCUCAGCCUAUAUUUACCAGUAAAUAACACAAUGAAGCUUUGAAGUGAAAGGUUCGCAAAAGCUUAUAACAAAACUCAACCCAUUCAGCUUUCCAUAAAGUUGAUUUAGUAAAGAAACAUUUAGAUUAUGUUUGAGUAUGUGCUGAAGAUAAUGUGCGUGAUUUUCAAGUUAAGUGUUGCUUUUCAUCUCAGUAGUCAGGCUGGUUUCGUGGCUAAUUACAUUUGAUGCCCCUUUUUUUUCCUUUUAAUAUCCUCAUCUGUGCUGCAGACGCAUGUUUCUUAACUCUAGCAGUAUCUGUGUACUUCUUUUUACUGUUGGAAACUGUAACUGUAAUCUUCCAAAGCUACAGCAGUGGUGAAAGGACUUAAUUUUGGCCUUUAACGUACCUCUCGCAUUGUCUGUUAUUUGCCCGUUCGCUCCAGCAGCCAUGAUGAUGAAAGUAAACAAUAAGAAAGUCUACUUUCAAAAGUAAAAAUACAGAAAAGAGUGAACUCUAUUCUCCAAAUCAUACGUAGGGCCAUCUGUUUCAUCUGCUUUCAAAAUACCCAAAGUACAGUUCCUCAUACCCGUGUGUGGUUGUGAAAUGUGGUCCUGAGGUAUAACAAGUAUAUUUAUUAUACAAAUAAAAGUACAGAUAUGGUGUUA